CAGAGAGAAAGAGAGAGAGAGCGAGAUGUGAAAGAGCAGUCAGACAGGGAAGGAAGGAGCAGGAAAAAGGGGAACACACACAAGGACAGAACAGAAAACGGCUGAAAUAAAACGAACAGAGGCAGGAGCGAAACUGGAGGCUUGGGUAGAAGAGAAAAAAGAAACGAUGGGGAUAACUGGAAGGUGGCUGAAGCAUCUGUUGCCAAAGAGAGAAGCAUGUUAGCGAUUCAGACCAGAGCAGCGGUGCAGCCUGCAGUCUGCAGUGAGAUGCACAAAACCUCUCCUGAAUGAAUGAAGAGUCUGCAGGUAAAUAAAGCAAAGAGUUUUCAUGAAGAGAUCGAAUCACUCUGCGUGUGACGCUGUUGAAUCUGCCCAGUCCUGGUGUGCACUAAACCAAUCUGCACAGUUUUAUGAGGGAGACAGGGGCUUCUGAGAACAACCGUCAUGAUAGUUAGUGCAAAAUUCAAUCUUUCAGCCACUUGACUCAGCAAAAGACAUUGAAAAGGUUGUGAUCUUUUCAAGGCUGUGAAAAUUAACACUUUAAUACUGUGCUAAUUUACAUUCUGUGUGUAUUAAACAAAACAACAUAGCAAAGCAGAAUUUUACAUGCAGCUGUGAACAAAUAAAAAGCACGAACAAUGAUAAAUACCAAAAGGAAAGACAUGAGUGAUGAUCCAUUGUUCUGCCUGCUAUCAGCCCUAAUAAAACAUUUAGAACUCAUUAACUCAGUUCGUUUAUUAGCAAUUAAUUAACUGUGAUUAAUUCACAGCAAGCCUUUGAUUAAUCCGAUAAAAAACAUUUGAAUCGUUUGACGGCCCUGCUGUUUUGUUUUAAUGCUCUGUAUGUAAACAUCUGGUUUCAACUUUACAAAUCAUCAUAAUUUCAUUGUUUUCCUUUUUCAGAGUUCUUUCUCAUAUUUCUGCUGGAGCUCCCAAUCAAGCUGCUUCCCAAUGAACUAACAACCAGAUUGUCUGUUUUAUGCGUUUUGGGGGAAAUUCACUUUACAUUCCCAGCACUUGCUUAAUCCCUUUUCAUCGCUUAGCUACACCUCUUGAGAGAUUUAAAAGAAAGUCAGUUUUAGCACAAAUGAUGCAAACUCCAGUCUCCAUGGUGAUGGGGAUUGUCUUCGCUCCUCUGGGACUUGUCCUUGUCUUCACUGCCGCCAUCACACCUCAGUGGCGGGAGGGUCAGGCUCGCCUGAACAUCGGGGGGACGGGAUCUCUCCUUCGAUCCGGAGCAAAGGGUCAAGGUGUGGGUGUCAGGUCCGGCUCGGUGGAGGCCCUGCUCCUGCUGCGCUCCGACGGCCUGUGGGAGAGCUGCUUACAGGUGGAGCAGUCCGAGCUGAAGCAGUGCUGGCCCAUAGCCGGCCCGUACCAGAGAGACGCCCGGGUUCGGCUGGUGCAAGGCCUGGUGCUCACGUCCUUGUUCCUGUGCGGCAUCGGGAUUGUCCUGGCUUGCAUCGGGGUCCGAUGCUGGACAGAUCUGCCUCUGAGGAGGGUGGCGGCUUCAGGCGGACUCCUGGUGGUGGCCGCCGGCCUUCUGAGCCUGACCGGGUUGGGGGUUUACACCCACAACCUCAGGAGACUGGGGGUGGAUCCCAGUCAAGGACUCAACAACCCCAAGUUCCCCCAGCUCAGCCUGAGUCCAGCCGGGUCGCUCUACUUCGGGUGGCUGGGUUCUUGUUUACAGGUGCUGGGAGGCGGCGCGCUGCUGUUCAGCUUCAAGCGACCGAGAUGUCCGACUUGCCCGUCCCGCCAGGAGCAAGCCGUCUGUCCUGCGUGCCACUCGUGUCCAGAAAUGACCAGCAAGACCGACGUGGACGUAUAUGAAGUCAGCUGUUAGAAUGUGAGCACAAAAAAACAAGCUUUUCUUCGAUACUCGUCAGAAUCAAACCGAACCGAGUCUCUGCGAUUAAUCUCAAAAUGUCAGAUUUUCAUUUCUCUCAAGUUUUCCUUUUGGAUCUCCGAAAUUUCCACGUUUCGUAUAGAAAAUCUCUGAGGCCAAAAUCAAAAUUUCUAAUUUAUUUCUGGCAAACCUGAUUUUCGGAGCUCAUAAAUGUUAUUGUUUUUUUUUUCUUUAAAAAAUUCUGAGAUUAAUUUCAAAAUUUCAGAAUUUUUUUGUUCAAAUUUACAAAUUUCUCCAUCUACAAUGGCUCUAAAAUGUUGUACUAUUCAGCAAGAGACAAAAAUGUUGCGUUUCUUUAGGGCUGUGAAAAUUAGCGCAUUAUUAAUUCAGAUUCGUUCUACUGCAUUAAUAUUUUUGGGCCUGAUUUACGCACAGGCUGUCAACACAAAUGUGCACAAAACAGACGCUUUUUCACAAUGAAGGAAGUAAAAUUUGGAGUAAAUAUUAUUGCUGAUCCAUAUUGGAGUCUUGAAAAUGCCUGUAAAAUAAUCCUGACAAAACAAAGUUUACUGUAAAAAUAAAUCAAAAAAUCUUGCAGUAAGAAAGAUACUUAAAUAAGUAUGGAUUUGUGAAGCUUUUUGCCUUUCUGUACAUUAGUUUGAGUCAGAAAAAGGCUGUAGCCACGUCAGAGAACCAGUGUUAGCAGUUUUUAGAUGAAGCUGUUGGAUGUUAAAUGGUUUUAGACACUGGAUUUCCUGUGUGUUAUUAGCAAAAAUGGACAGAAAACAAACGAGAUGAUCUGAUGAUGUGAUUGUGUUUCUUUAAAUGUCAGUCUUCUGUCACAGUCACCAGGAGGCGAUCAGCGGUGAGAUUAAGUGGUGAUCAAGAUUGUUUAGUUGUGUUUUUGUUUGUAUAUUGUGAGUUCAAUAAAACAUUUGAA